CGGAGCGGCGUGGAGCGGGUGGCGGCGCCGUCUGACGCGCUGUCCUGCCCGCGGGCACCCGGGCCGAGCCCCGACAGCCGGCCAUGGCCUCCAAGCUGCUGCGGGCGGUGGUGCUGGGACCCCCCGGCUCGGGCAAGGGGACGGUGUGCGAGAGGAUCGCCCGCAGCUUCGGGCUCCAGCACCUCUCCAGCGGCCAAUUCCUGCGGGAGAGCCUGAGCAGCGGCUCCGAAGUUGGUGUCUUGGCAAAGCAGUACCUGGAGCGAGGCCUGCUGGUGCCCGACCACGUCAUCACACGCGUGAUGAUGACGGAGCUGGAGAAGCGGCGAGAGCAGCACUGGCUGCUGGAUGGUUUCCCUCGGACGCUGGGGCAAGCUGAGGCGCUGGACAGGCUCUGUGAGCUGGACGUGGUGAUCAGCUUGAACAUCCCCUUUGAGACGCUGAAGGAUCGCCUGAGCGCGCGCUGGGUGCACCCCGGCAGCGGCAGGGUGUACAACAUGGACUUCAACCCCCCCAGCGUCCGGGGCAUCGAUGAUCUGACGGGUGAGCCCUUGGUCCAACGUGAGGACGACAGACCCGAGGCCGUCGCUGCCAGGCUCAGGAAGUACAAAGAUGCUGCCAAGCCAGUAAUUGAGUUGUACAAGAGCAGGGGCAUCCUUCACUCCUUCUCGGGGACAGAGACCAACAAGAUCUGGCCGUACGUGUACACCCUGCUCUCCAGCAAGAUCCCACCCCUCCUCUCGGAUGAGGAGAACUAAGCAGCUCCUGCCAAGGACUGAAAGUUAAUGCCAUUGUGGAUUUGGUUGCUCUGCAUGGUGCUGGGGCUGUGCUGACAUUAGGCUGUUGUGUGGUACCCACAGUUCCUUCCCUGGGCGUACUGAGUGACGUGGGUGGAUAUACACAGCCAGCGGCAGAGAGAGAAGAUCUUUGCUUAUAAGGUCAAGUCUGUUAGAUCAAGGGUUGGUUUUCACUCUUUUGAGGCUAUAAAGUAUUGCUGCCCAUGGUCCAAGUACACACCCAGCCCGGUGAUGCAGAGCUGGGGAAUGAUGCUCCCAGGUUUCCCCAGCGUGCCGGGAUGUCCUUGGCCACCCCCACACAAAGCCCGGUCUCCGUUUGAGCUGACCAGGUGCCAUCCCCUGGCUCCACAGUACCAUUUGCUGCAGGUUACUCUCCAGGUUGGUGUGGGUUUUUUUUCCUCUAUGUGAUUUUCUGUUACAUUUCUUUCUCAGAGCAACAGAGCUCUAAAAAAGCAAGACUUAGCCCUGCGGGGACUGGUGAGCAACACGGCAAAACGUGUACCUGAUGAAGCUCAGAAGUGUGGAGACCACAUUUCCUGCACUGGUGCAUGUAAAAAGAGGGAAAACAUUGGAGGCAAGACAUGCACUUGUGCUUCUUCCACAGAGAGAUGAAACCCCAGGUACAAAGGACUGCUGCAGAGUCUGGUUUCCACGGGAUGCUGUGACACUGAGCAGGAUCUGUGCUGGGGAUGAGUUGCAUUCCUUUGUGCUUACCUUGUUUAUAGCUUUUAAUACUACAAGAUACAGUCAUGUUACAAGAGUCUGUCCUGAAGAUUUAGUGUGUGCUUCAGCUCUGGGGAGAAACUGAGUUCAUUCCAAUUGCUGUGCUGCCUUUGUCCCCGAGGUCCCUUGGAGAUGGGCAGAAGUGAAUCCCCCCCUACAAAGCCCCUGGGGGAAAGAGAGCCUUGCCUCCCUUGGGAUGUGUGCAGGGGCUGCUGAGGGCUGUGCCCAAGUGUCUCCCCAAGAUUUACAGCAUCCUCUUUGUGUGUUGCUCCUCUUCUGCCCUGCAGCUUUGCUGUGGAGUGGCUUUUCUCAACUGGAAGUACUGUAACCUUCUUUGAUGGUAGGAUGCAGUACCUUAGCAAUGGGGACAGUCUUUUAGUUCCCCUCGAGUUGCCUUACUUUAUAUAUUUAAGAAAAAAACCAAGCAAGAUGUGUAUUUUUCAAGGUUUUAAAAGAAGAAAAAAACCAAGUGCUGACUUUUCACAUUGAUUUUUGGGAGCUCUGCAGGAAGCUGCUGGUGAUGGCAGAGUGUGCUGCUUCUUAGGGGCUCAGCAGGAGGGCAGGAAAGCUCUCACUCCCUCACACUCCUUGGAUUCAUUAGAGCAGCCUGGGCAAAUGCCUGGUGCUGAAGUGUCACUGGUUUUGUUUCUGCUCAGACAGCAGCCCUGGCAGAGGAGGGGGAGCUGAUGGGCUUUUUUAGGGAUGCAGGGGCUCUGUGUGUGAAGCUUUAGCACAUCCCUGUGCUGUCCUGGCUGAGCCACCUGCAUCCUCAUGCUAUCAGAGGAGCCCCUGAGGUUUGCUCUCCCUGUCAGAGGCAGCUCUGCCCUGGCACUGGAGCCAGAAGCUGCUCCUCAUCCGGCUCAGGAUGCCAGUUUCCUGGGUGAGAGCAGAGGGACCAUCGGGUUUCACUGCUGUCCUUGGGGGCUUUUCCAUCCCCUCCAGAGCUCCCGGGCUGGGAAGACACAAAUCUUCCACCCUGCAGUGAAAUCCUAUUUAAGAAAGAUUUGUAGCUCUUCCCAUGACCCUCGGGUGAAGGUCUGGGCCGUUUCUAAACACUAGAUGUAGAAACAGACAAAAUGUUUGUUGCUAUUUUCUUUCUAACAGCACUGGGGAGGAGCUGAUUGGGGGGGUUUAGGCUAUAAAAGCAGCCUGUCUGGUUUAUAACCUGUAGUUUAGGCUGUAAAAGCAGCAAUGGGCAGCUCUGCCAGGGCUGAGUGCCAGGCAGGGGGGCUGCUCCUUGCUUUCCCUUGCCUAGAGCUCUUGUGUCUCUUCCUAUCCCUGCUGCAAAAUUGCCUCCUGCUGAGAGGUUUGCCCCAUGCCUGCCCAGCAGCAGGACAAGCCUUUUAGAUGUCUUUGCCCCAGGAGUGCCAUCCCAGUGCUUGUUUCAGGUGGCUGCAGCCACCCCGUGGCCGUGCACGCCUCGAGCCCUGGGGACAGAUGUUCCUCCAGGCCUUGCCAUACGGCGCGUUUCCAUGGACCAAACAGCGGCAGGGCUGAGGUUCUGGGGCUACAGGCCUCCCUCUCCUUUCUCCUGGCCCUGCUCCCCUUUGCUGCUUGACUGUGACCCUCAUGCCUUUCCUCAAGCGCCAGCAAUUCUGUACCCACCCGAGAUACUGUGUGCUGGGAGGAGGCUCUCCCCGGGCUCGGGGCACUGCUGGCACGUCAGGCUCACUUUGCUUGCUGGAGUUUCUCCCUGGUGAAACUGCUGCAGCUCUUACUGCUCCCAAGAUGUAAAUAAAUCUGGUUUUUUUUCUCCAGCUGA